AUGAUAUUUUCCGCAAAGCCAACGGUGGAGAGUAAGAGGUACAGCCAACGGUGGAGAGUAAGAGGUACAGCCAACGGUGGAGAGUACAACGUGUCUUUGACGUGUGUGCUGCCGGGGCUCAACCUCACCUGCGGCUCCGACGGCAUCCUGGCCAUCCUGGACGUGUGUGACCCCCAAGAUGUCGCCUGCACCGAGCAAGUGGUGUUCCGUGCGCCGUCGAAGCUGCAGGCGGCGGUGGUGGGGAGCGGGGUGGUGGAGCUGAGCUGGAGCACCGACACCAACGGCUGGCUCACACCUACAGUGCUCCUCCGGAUCACCGACACCAGCGGCUCCAACGUCACCAAGGAGAAGACCCUCAACAAGAACGACAACAAAACCUUGGCGACUGGUGUGGAGGAAGGCAACGUGUACACCGUGUCCUUCCUGCCGUGGGCCGAUGACAGACCCCUUGCCAAAUUUGACUUCGAACUGCACGCUAUCGCGUGGGCGGACGUGAAGCUCUCGACGCUCACCAGCGGCUACGGGGCCUUCGUCGCCGACGUGGAUCUGGCCGCCGAUAUCGUCUGGAACGGGACGCUCAUGGUGACGUGGCUGCCGGCCCGGGUGGUGGGCGCGUCCCUGCAGCAGGAGACCGGGGCCGCUGCCGCCGCCGCCGCAGAGGAGACGGGCGCCUCGCAGUAUGACGAAGCUAUGACGGGGGGCGCCGGCGGCGGCACUUCGGGCGGCACGGCAAGUGGGACUUCAGGUAGCACGGGGGGCGGCACUGUGGGUGGUACUACAGGUGGUUCUACGAGUGGCACUGCUGGUAACACUACAGGUGGCACUGCUGGUAAUACUACGGGUGGCGCUGCGGGCAACUCCACGAGUGGCACUGGUGGUAACACUACGAGUGCCAGUACAAGUGGCAGCGCUACGGGCAGUACUACAAGCAGCACUACAAGUGCCAGUACUACAGGCAGUACUACAAGCAGCACUACAAGUGCCAGUACUACAGGCAGUACUACAAGCAGCACUACAAGUGCCAGUACUACAGGCAGUACUACAAGUGCCAGUACUACAGGCAGUACUACAAGUGCCAGUACUACGGGCAGCACUACAAGUGCCAGUACUACAGGCAGCGCUACAAGCAGCAGUACUACAGGUAGCUCUACAAGCAGCAGUACUACAGGCAGCUCUACAAGUGGCAAUACUACGGGCAGAACUACAAGUAGCAGCACUACAGGCAGCACUACAAGUGGCAUCACUACAGGCAGCAGCACUACAAGUGGCACCACUACGAUCAGCACUACAGGCAGCACUACAGCCAGCACUACAGCCAGCACUACAGCCAGCACUGCAGCCAGUACUACAGGCAGCACUCCAAGCAGCACCGACACUACAAGUAGCACGUCCACCACGUCGACGGGCGACGAGGAGGACGUCGGAAGCGGCGACGUGGACUUCGAGGCGGAGUACCAGGAGUCGUUCUUCGUGCCGGAGACGUGGGAUGAAGGGACGGCCUUCCUCUACACGGUGGUGAUCACCGCUGGGGGCGCUGAGAACUGGACCGCAAACGUGAGUGGUCGAGGGAAUGUGGGAGUUCGCAGCAGGGUCGGGGGAGAGCUGGUGGUGGGGGUGGAGAUGCCGCAGCUCACCUUCCAGACGGAGUACUUGAUCCGCCUCACUUGCCACUUCGGUCUGGUCUCUGUCGAGUGCGGCACCAUCAAGGCUUACACAGCGCUACCACUACUCCUGACGGAGCUGGAGGGGGAGCUGUUGGUGUACACCGUGACGGAGAACAGGGCGGGGUGGGAGCGGCAGGAGGCACAGUGCCAGCGGGGCGACGGCUCUCUCGUUUCCCUCCCGACGCUCAACGAGGCUGACCUCCUGCGUGACGCCUUGCUUCAGGGGUCUUCGGCGCCUACUCUCGACACCUACUGGAUAGGGCUCAACAUGUGUCCCGAUUACACAGGUAACGUGUGGACUGACGGCUCCAUCUGGCAGCAAUCACUGCUCUCCUCCACCAACGCCCAGCUGUCGAGCACCACCUGCUGCAUUAAAGCCAGCUGGGGCAAGUACCAGUACAGCUGGAGCGGAGAGGUCUGCAGUGCGCUUCUUCCGACCGUCUGCGAAUUCAAUCCAGAAAGUAUGGUGGAUGCGGUGACGGAGCUCCAGCGGGGGAAGGCCAACGUCACCUCAGCUAGCGUCUCCUGGAACUAUACUGAGCAGUUCUGGACGCCCGACACUCUCAUCGUCUCCUUCUGCCCCUACAGGAGUCUCAAAAACUCCCUUCCUUACACUACGAACGACUCUGCAUUAUGCCACACGAGUAAGCUGGACGCGGAAGCCGUUGACCUCCUGCAGACGGGCCUCGAGCCCUACACUGAGUACCACGUCAGUGUGACGACCAACAUCCAGCAGGUUGGCCUUACUGGAAAACAAGUAACCACGCUUGUCAGAACCUAUCCAGAGAAACCUCUGCAGGUCUCAUUUAACGAGAACGGCUUCGUCAACAUCGUGUGGGCACAAAAGGUGGCGGAGUUCGAGGAGGGCGACAUAGUGAGGGUUCGCUUCUUCAACUGGACGCACCCCAAUACGGCCAUACACGACACCACCAUGCAGGCCUCUGGCACCCAGCUGCAGGCGGAGGGGGUGACGCUGGGGGCCAACUAUACUGUCAUAGUAGAGGAGUUGCAUGGCAGGAGACGCCAGGAGACCCUCACCCUACUGGCGUACCCGCCUUGUGACUGCGAGAACUGCCAAGUGAACGCCCGGUGCUUCCUGCCGCUCUACGAGUCCGUCAGCCCCGCCGGAGCUCUCGAGGAGUGCAAAGGCAGCGACACCAGUCUAGCCACCGUCAGCAGCCGGGAGGAGGUGGACCUGCUGCUGAGGAUGGCCCUGGAGUUAGACAACGACCUCUGGGUCUCUCACACCUCCAUGAAACUCAAAGCUUCAGCUUUGCCUAGCAGCGCGUCUCUGCUGGAGGAAAGUGGGAUGGAGACGCUGGAGAACGGGACCCAGGUGCCCACAGCCACGGCCUCCGUCAACGUUCAACCCGUAGAGUGUCUCAUAGUGUCGAGGGCGGCCCGGGCCGUGGUGGUGGAGCAGUGUACCAACACCCACAGAGCCGUCUGCAGCCACAAGGUCUCAGUGGGCGCGGCGUUCACCAACAUCACGACGGUAAUCGGGUCGAACUGGGUGACGAUGGAGUGGGACAACUCGAGCUUCAAGUGGGCGGCCAAGUUCGCCGUCACCUACCAGAGGUCGAGGGAGAAGAGAUACAAGAGAGCCCUGCACUGGGUGCCCUUUACCUCGGCUCCAGUGACGGUGACGCAGCUUUACCCUGAGACAGCCUACACCCUGGAGCUGGAGGCCGACCUCGGGGAGGGCAUCGUCACCACCUCCCCGGAGAUAGAGAUCCUCACCAAAAACAUGACGGCGGUGGAAGAGACCCAUUCGCCUCAGGCGCAGCUGGUGGUGUCCGGGUUCACCACCCUGACGGAGAGCCAGGUGCUGCAUCUGGUGUGCAAUGCCCUGCUGGUGGCCGCCUGCAUCACCACCAUGCUCUUCUUCUUCGCCACGGGGAUGUUCUACCAGGACUGCGUAGCUCAGCUGGGCUUCCAGUCCUCAUUGAUGGCCGCUUACCUCAGCCUCUUGCUCGCUCAUCCGGACCACGUUAGGCAUGGCGACAAGAGUGGAUGUGUGGCGGUGGCUGUGGUGCUGCACCUGCUCUUCCUGUGGGCCUUCAUGUUCCUCAUGCUGGAGGCGCUCACCAUCGCUCACCUCCUCGUCAUCCACAUCAAGAGCCCCUUCCAGAAAUCCAACUGGCUGAUGAUGUUAUUCGGGGUGAUGGUUCCUCUGGUGGUGGUGGCAAUAUCUGCAGGCGUCCGCUACGCCGACUACCCGGACUACUCCGCACACAACUGUUGGUUGAAUCCGCUGGGAGCAGCCAUGUUGGGAGAAGUGAUUCCCAUCGGCAUUCUGGUGCUAGCCACAUUGGUGCUGCUCUUCAACACUCUCUGCACCGCCGAGACCUCCCCGGAACUCAUAGAGGUCAACCUUCGUGGCAGACAGAGCGACAGCCACAAACUCCGGUGGGUGGUGAUGGCGCUGACGGUGGAGCUGGCGGCCGUGUGGAGCCUCGGCGUCUCCUACUACCAGCAUCACAACCAAGGCACCUACUUCGCCUUCUGCUCCUUGACCCUCAUCCUCGCCAUCACUAUUGUCUUCUGCAGGACUUGGUUUGACGACACGUUCCGCACCAAGAUGCACCGUCUGUGCUGUGGCACGGAGCUCACCUACAAGCGCAGUGAGAUCAUCAGCAUCAGUGCCAAGUCUCGGAUUACCCCCACCAGCACCGUGUCCACCGCCGCCGCCUCCGGCAGGAUGAUAACGCCAGUGGGCAGCAAGCCACCCGGGGUAAGCACCACACAUCAACCCUUUGUUAGAGCCCCACCUGCUGGCAGCAGAGUUACCUCAGCAGCUGGGAGAACUUCCCCUUCAGCUGAGAGAGCUCUCUCUUCACUAGGAAGAACUGCGUCCCCCGCUGGGGGCAGAACUACCCCUUCGAUGGGCAGACAAACCCCCUCUGCCGAAAGAAUUGUCCCCUCAUUAGGUCACCUGACGCCUUCAAGGGAACGAACUACCACUUCAGGAGGCAGAGCCUCUCCCGACGUGGGUAUCACGAACUUCACGGUCCGGAGCCUCACCCCUCCCGUGUGUCGCUCCACUCCAAACACCUCCCCAAAGAGCACACCAGAGUCAUUGCAGGGAUCACGAGGGCCGUCAAGAGCCAUCACCUCCCGGGGUCCUGAGUCAACAAGGCCUGCCAGUUCAGUCAGCAGGAGGGUCCGCAGCUCCCACAGCGCCAUCUCCAUGGAGGAGGCGGGCAUGCAGCAGACCCUGCCGGGCGCCAGCGACUGAGGGACACAACUUCCCACUCACUUACCAACUAGGUUGCGACGGUUCUCCGCGUCCCAGGAGCGGCGGAUCCAACUGGUCAGGCCCUCCGAUAACUCCCUCCCCAAUACUCCUGCAGACGACAGAGGCCAGCAGCACGUCCUCGUCAGGAGGACCUACAAUUUCACUGACGACGAUCCCAUC